AUGGCAUUAACAUCUCUAAAAAAUGUGAGGGCGCUUGUACUAAGAAUUUUUCUCGGCCAGGCACUUUCUUUUUUCAUUUCCAUGACGGGUCUUUGGUCAACCUUACUAGUGAAUAACUCAGUAAGCUAUCCGAUCUUUCAGUCGCUAACAUCAUAUCUUUUCAUAUUUGUCAUUUAUUUUCCAGCAUUUAUUAUUCUUAAAAUUAAAUACAGAAAUCAGAAGUUUGUAAACUUCCGCUUUCUUUCUCGAUGGUGGAAAUACGCUAUCCUUGGGUUGAUCGACUUGGAAGCCAAUUACGCUGUCAUUUCUGCUUAUAACUAUACGAAUUUGGCAUCGGUGCAGUUAUUGAAUUGUUUUACACUGCCCUGCGUUUUGGUUUUGAGCUAUUUGAUAUUGCGUAUGAAGUUUGCUCUAACUCAUAUUUUUGGGUGCAUUGUUGCUAUUUGUGGGUUAGCCUUGCUUGUUGUGUUGGAUGCCGACGGUCUUUCUCAUUCUAGUGGGGGAACUAAUCAAGUUAUUGGAGAUUUACUAUGCCUUUUAGGCUCCUUUCUGUAUGCCUUGAACAAUGUUACAACUGAAUGGUUUAUUAAACCCCCUAAAACUCACCCAUCAAUUUCGAAUGAGCCUCCAUCUACGGCAACUCACUCCGGAUCAGAUCAAUUUCAGGAUGAUACAGUAUAUUCGUCUCGGGCAAUAGAAGAGCAUCAAUAUCAGGAGUCUUUACCUCAAAAUGAAAAUGAGGAGCAUUCUGAUGUCCCAGUAUUUGUACCUAUUGUUGAAUAUCUUGCCUUAAUGUCUUUUUUUGCGUUGAUAUUCUCUAUUAUUCAUUUUUUUGCAGUUGAAUGGAAGGACUUUUAUUCUGAGCGUAAAAAUUGGACAGGCAAUGACUACGUAUACCAGGUUAUGUUUGGCGUUACUAUGCUAGGUGUUUACACUGCCAUGCCCUCUAUUUUUCUACUUGCAAGUGCAGCUUUUGCAAAUAUUUCUCUUCUUAGUGCGUCCGUAUACGCAAUCAUAUGGAAUAGUUCCGUGUUUCAUAUCUACCCGACCCCCUUUUUCGUAGUUUCAUAUAUUAUUAUAUUUAUCGGAAUCCUUUUGUAUAAUAUAACUGAUAUAUUUAAAAAGACCUUUUCAAAAAGGUGGAAUUAUCCAUGUCAAACUCUCGAAAAAUCUGAUAAAAGGUCUAACAUUAAUGAUAAUUCAAGGUAA